CCAGACGCCCAAUGUCCUUCCUGUUCCACCCCUGACUGUGACCCAAGAAGCAAAAGUGGUUCACACAGCCUUUUGUUUCGUACCUUCGCUUUCUUACUGCAAAUUCCAUGGACUGUAAUUCUGUAAAAUAUAUAGAAACAUCACACAAACCUUUCCACCCAUCCAAUUCGUCCAGUUGCUUGAGCUGUCCAUUAGAUUAUAAUCUAACGACUCAAGCUUAGAGGAGUGUUAUUCAAAGUCAACUGUUCAGAUUUUACUAAUAUAUAAUUCCUCUCUUGAAGCGGACUGUAAUGGAGAGCCCUUCUCAGAUGUUCAAACUAUUCUUCAAUCCAAUCAGUAUUGCAGAGUCUGAAACACAAAAGUAGAUCGACCAUCUUGUAAGAGAAAAAAGAGAAAUGGCGGAGAGUGCCGUGAACUUUUUACUGGACAAACUAGAGGAUUUGAUCGAUGAAAAGCUGCAUCAUUUCGGAGGUGUCGAAAAGGAAAUUAAGUACAUCAGAAAUGAAUUGGCAAGCAUGAGAGUCUUCCUAAGAGGUGCCGAUGCAGGGGAGGAAAUGAAUCAAACCGUAAAAGAUUGGGUGAAGCAACUUAUAGAUCUGGCUCAUUACAUAGAGGACGUUCUUGACGAAUACAUGUUUCAGCUUGCUCAACAACAACAGCAGCAAGAAGAAGAAGAAGAAGAAGAAGAAGAAGAAGAAAAAGAGCAACAACGGCAGCACCAACUGCUUGUCUUUCUUCAAGGUAUUGUUUUCAGUUUCUUUCAAAAGGUCACCCUUUCCAUCAAACAGUUGAUAGGAAGGCAUCCGAUAUUCCCACAGAUACUAGAGAUUAAAGCUACAGUAGAUGAAAUCUCACAAAGACUCCAACGAUUUAAUUUCGGUAGGCUGGAUCAAGGCCCGAAUUCAAAUUUUGCGAGUGAUACUUGGUAUGACCUCAGAGGAGACUCUCUUCUACUCGAGGAAGCUGAUCUUGUGGGGAUUGACAAACCAAAGAAGGAAAUCAUUGAGUUUCUUGUGAAGGGCAGUCCACGCCUUGGAGUACUUUUGGUGGUUGGCAUGGGUGGAGUAGGCAAGACAUCGCUUGUCAAGCAAGCAUUUGAUGAUAGAAGAGUGAAGGUAUACUUCAACAUCCACAUCUGGAUUUCUGUAUCCCAGUCAUUUAAGCUUGAUGAAUUACUGAAAGACAUGAUGAGGCAACUCUGCGAAGAAAGUAAGGAGCCAGUUCCUCAAAGGUUAGAUGGAAUGAAGGAGACAGAACUCAAGCUAGCACUCAAGGAAUUUCUGAAGCAGAAGAGGUAUGUAAUCGUUCUUGAUGACAUGUGGAGCAAAUUUGAUUGGGACUCCAUUAGGCAUAUCUUUAUUGAUUGCAACUGUAAGAGUCGAAUAAUAGUCACAACACGUUCUGAUGAUAUAGCUGCUUCUUGCAACAACUAUUUCGUUCAGACAUAUCGUCUUCAACCCUUGUGUGAAAAAGAGUCUUGGACUCUAUUUUGCAAAAAGACUUUUUGGUCUGUGGAUGAGAAUAACUGUCCUCCACAACUGGAGAAGCUCUCUAGAAGCAUUGUGAGGAAAUGUGGAGGUUUGCCACUAGCAAUUGUGACAGUCGGUGGUGUUUUAUCAACAAAACAGAGGACUUUGACAGAAUGGGAGAUGUUCGAUCGCAGCUUGGGUGGUGAGCUACAAAAUGAUGACAGACUUAGGAGCGUGAUGAAAAUAUUGUCUCUAAGCUAUAAUGAUCUGCCUUACCAUCUAAAAUCCGGUUUCUUGUGUUUAAGUAUUUUUCCUGAGGAUGAAUCUAUAGAGACGAUGAGACUGAUUAGGAUAUGGAUGGCAGAAGGAUUUAUCCAAAGAAGACAAGGAAAGACCUUAGAAGAGGUUGGAGAGAGCUAUUUGUAUGAGCUUGUUAAUAGAAGCCUCAUCCAAGUAACAGAAACAACUUAUGAUGGACGAAUCAAAACAUGCAGAGUCCAUGACCUCAUCCGAAAAAUCAUUCUCUUGAAAGCGAAGGACCAGAACUUUGGAACCAUAAUUGAUGGUGAUGAUGAUGAGCAGGAUAUAAUAAUGGUAGGUAAAAUAACCAGACGCCUAUCAAUCCAUAAUAGUUGUCAAGAAGUAGCACCAGAACAGAACUUCACCCACCUUCGCUCUCUGUUCAUGUUUAGGGUGGAUACAUUGUCCAACAUAUAUAGAAAUGGUGCGUUUUUUUCUAGCCUAAAGCUGCUCAAGGUGUUGGAUUUGAGAGUUGCCCCUUUGGAGGAGUUUCCAGAGGAAUUCACCAAUUUUUUCCAUUUAAGGUAUUUAAGUUUGAGGAAAACUAUGGUGAAAGAGAUUCCAAAUUCCAUCAAGAAGCUCCAAAAUCUUGAGACCUUGGAUCUUAAACAAACCUAUGUGUCUGAGUUGCCCAUUGGAAUCCUCGACCUCCAUAAACUAAGACAUCUUCUUGUUUACCGUUACAACUUUGGACCUCAUGUUGUAUUUCAUCAUCAAGGAUUUAAGGCGCCAAGUGGAAUUGGAAAUUUGGAAUCUCUUCAAAAGCUAUGCUACAUAGAUGUGAGUACAGGGAGUGACCUAAUUACAACACUUGGGAGAUUAGUCCAAUUGAGACGAUUGGGGAUUCACAAGUUAAAAAGAGAAGAUGGAGUAAACCUUUGCUCCUCAAUGGAGAACAUGAACUGCCUUCAAUCUUUAUCUAUUUCUGCAAUAGAAGAGGGAGAGAUUCUUGACCUACAAUUUCUAUCUUCUCCUCCUCCUUUUCUUCGAACUUUACUUUUAAAAGGGCGUUUAGAGAAGUUACCCCAUUGGAUUCCUUCGUUGCAUAAUUUGUGUUUGAUGGACUUAAGGUGGUCUAAAAUGAAGGAUGACCCACUUGAAGCCCUAAAAUGUUUGCCUCAGCUUAAGCGUCUUAAUCUCAUGCAUGCUUACGAUGGAGAACAAUUAUGUUUUCAAUCGGGAGGGUUUCAGAAACUUGAGAAUCUAGGCCUUGAGAGAUUAGAAAGAUUGAGAAUGGUGACAAUAGAAGAGGCAGCACUGCCUCAACUCGAAAACUUGUACAUAAGUGGUUGUGAAAUGCUGGAGAAUGCACCAUUAGGCAUUGAACACCUCAAUGAGCUAAAAAUGCUCUUGUUCUUGGAAAUGCCAAAUGAAUUUAAGGGAAGACUACGACCGAGAGAUCGGCUAUUAGAGUAACAAGGUGAACUUGAAUUUUAUCCAAGGGAAGGGUAAAGAAACUGUCUGGGACGAUGCAGUUGGGAAGCUUUGAUGCAAGUAAUCGUUGGGAGAUUUAGAAGGAGGCAUCCUUGAAGAAUUUUUUAUAUGCUUUAAAUUUGUUUGUUAUUGUGCUUCCAACGUUUUGUUUAGCAUUAUUUUAUUUUGUGAUAUGGUGUGGUACGUCUAAACAAAAUUGUUCUUUUAUGGGCAUGCAUUAACUAUAUAUGAAUUUUUAUUAAAAUCCAGUGGAUAAUUUGAUAA